CAUCCUUUAAGAAAAGAGCAAGUGGGCACUGCCAAUUUGCCAAGUUGAUGCAAAGAACCAAUCAGAUACAAAUAACGUUGUCUCCACCAAACAACUGUUCCCCAAUAUAGGGUAGUGAACUAAUGCCCCAUGUUUAUUUGCACAAAAUUGCCCUUCAAAUUCAUAUUAAUUUCCUCCUAUACCUUCUUGUUGUUGCAGCACGUCAUCCUAAAUUACAGUUCAUACACAAGGGCCAUUGGGUCAGUCUGUAAACUUUUGCCCUUCACUCCAAAGCUUUCGUCUUCCUCGGAGCUCUCACCACUGAAAAAGCUCAACUCAAAAAAUCAGAGCCUCCAAUGGAGGGCUUCUUCUGCGCCUUUUUAACCCUUCUGAAUUGCAGCAAAAUUCAGAUUCAAUUUUGCACUGGAACACUGCAGAUCCAUUUCUGCGGUUGAUAAAAUUAAAGGUUAUGUGAGCCGAGUAUCUAAGAAAAUCUUAAUUUGCAGCUGGAAACGACUCCGAAUUUUUGCUGUUUCGAUUGCUUAAAGCAUGAGCGUUGUUCGCGCACAUGGACGAAGCUUUACAGACCAAGCCCUGCAGGUUUGGUGAUCGGAAAACUAGUGACGUUGUUAUAUGCUUGAAGAAUAGAGAAGGGAUACCGAAACGGUUCUAUUCCCACUCCUCUGUUCUGAUAAAUAGGAGCCAGUACUUUGCCAACCGGCUUUCUCAUCCGAGCUGUAGUGAUUGCAUCAAUAUACAUUGCUCAGAGGUUAACCACGAUCACCAUGUCAACCUGUUGAAGCUGCUUUAUCUUCCAGCAGACUCAAUUUCGGACUCGUUGGAUUCUGUUAAAUCUGCACUUGGUAUUCUUCAGGUAGCAGUUGCCUUCCAGUGCGAAGAGAUUGCACGCUGCUGCAUCCAGUACUUAGAGGCUGUUCCUUGGGAGGACAAAGAAGAGGAACUUAUCCUAAAAGCAGUUUCAAAUUUGGGUCCAAUAGCUAUGCCGAUAUUAGCCAGGAUCCAACCUGUUGAUUUAGCUGCCACCAAAAACGUUUUUGUCUCAGCGGUUCGCGUUGCCACAUCCAUUUCCGAACCAUGCCCUCCAUUUGGUAACGAGCUUAAGACUUGUGCCCAAGAACAAGUUGAAUUCAUGUUAGGAGAAGAUGACGAUGCACCGUUGGUCACAGCUGAUGAUGAAGUAAAAUCAGUGCUGAGAAUGGGUCUAUUGCAGAUUUAUUCGACGUUUGAAAAGGAGUUGUCUGCCCUACUUUUGGAGCCUGACCUUGUAUCUGAUAGGGCAGAGGAGAAAAUAUUGCAUAGUUUGUCUGAUCUUGAGUGGAUGUUUAACAUACUUGGGAAGAUGGAUUUGACGAAGGAUUUCGUAUCCAACUGGGCUGAAAGCUCAAGUAACGUUUUAGGAGUAAUCGAGGAUAAGAAACUAGAUUCUUUUAUGUGGGGUUUGAAAAUCAAGCUCAUAGAAGUGACUGCUAAAGUCUUGGAAGCAGUUGGCUAUGGCAAUGUGAUUCUUCCAACUCCAAUCCGCGUCUCGUUACUAAAGACAUGGCUGCCUUAUAUAAGGAAGAUGAAACCGCUCUUGGACUCAAAGGGCAGCGAGGAGACGGGCUUUCCAUACAAGAUGAGUGAAGACUUGUGCCAGAGCAUUGAAGGGGCCAUGGUGACCUUGGUGCUGGCAUUGCCGUCAAAUGAUCAAGCGGACAUUCUGGCAGACUGGAUGGGAGCCGAGCAGGUCCAGUACCCGGACUUGAGCGAGGCCUUCGAGGUCUGGUGUUUUAGAACGAAGUCUGCGAAGAGAAGAUUAGUGGAGGGAUUGGAUGGGGCUGGCAAUGCAACUGUUAGCCUUUGAAAAGUUUUUGCUUUGGCCUCCUUAUAUGUUGUCAAAUUAAUAUUCUGUUCAAAUAGGAAGGGCAUUAAUUGGUCUUUGAUGAAAAUUGAGCUUUAUAUCAAUAUAUUUUCCAAGCAUCACAAUUUAGUAA